GGCCACGAAAAUGUCCUCGGCGGUGGGGCCCCGCGGUCCUCGCCCACCCACGGUGCCUCCCCCCAUGCAAGAGCUGCCCGACCUGAGCCACCUGACCGAGGAGGAGAGGAACAUUAUCAUGGCAGUGAUGGACCGGCAGAAGGAAGAAGAGGAAAAAGAAGAAGCCAUGCUCAAGUGUGUUGUCAGGGACAUGGCGAAGCCUGCUGCCUGCAAAACACCAAGAAAUGCUGAAAGCCAGCCCCACCAACCUACACCGAGAUUGCAUCAACAAUUUGAAAGCUAUAAAGAACAAGUGAGGAAGAUAGGGGAAGAAGCGCGGCGUUACCAGGGAGAGCACAAAGAUGAUGCUCCGACUUGUGGAAUCUGUCACAAAACAAAGUUUGCUGACGGGUGCGGCCAUCUCUGCUCCUACUGCCGCACCAAGUUCUGUGCCCGCUGUGGAGGCCGCGUGUCUCUGCGAUCCAACAACGUUAUGUGGGUAUGCAAUUUAUGUCGAAAGCAACAAGAAAUCUUAACCAAAUCUGGGGCAUGGUUCUUUGGAAGUGGCCCUCAGCAGCCAAGUCAGGAUGGAACCCUAAGUGAUACAGCUACAGGUGCUGGUUCUGAGGUACCAAGAGAAAAGAAAGCACGGCUCCAAGAAAGAUCACGGUCUCAGACACCCCUGAGCACAGCAGCUGCCUCCUCCCAGGACACAGCGCCUCCCAGCGCACAGCCAGACAGGAGCAAAGGGGCGGAGUCCUCACAGCAAGCCCUUGGGCCCGAACAGAAGCAGGUUUCAUCGAGGUCUAGAAGUGAACCUCCAAGAGAGAGGAAGAAGACUCCAGGGCUCUCUGAGCAGAAUGGCAAAGGAGCCCAGAAGAGCGAGCGGAAACGCGUGCCCAAGUCCUCAGUGCAGCCGGGAGAGGGGGCCGUGGAAGAACGCGAGCGGAAAGAAAGGCGGGAAAGUCGACGGCUUGAGAAAGGACGGUCACAGGACUACCCAGAUGUGCCGGAAAAACGAGAGGAUCGCAAAGCGGUGGACGAUGAGAAGCAAAGGAAAGAGGAGGAGUACCAGACCCGGUACCGCAGCGAUCCGAACCUGGCGCGGUACCCGGUGAAACCGCCGCCGGAGGAGCAGCAGAUGCGCAUGCACGCCCGGGUGUCUCGCGCGAGGCACGAGCGGCGCCACAGCGACGUGGCGCUCCCGCGCACUGAGGCAGGAGCUGCGCCCCCCGACGCCAAGGCCGGCAAGCGCGCACCGCCCCCCGCCAGGGCUUCGCCGCCGGAGUCGCCGCGGGCCUACUCUGCCGAGAGGACUGGGGAAGUCAGGACGCCGGGCGCCAAGCAGCUGGCGAACCACAGCCCGCCGGCACCCAGGCAUGGGCCAGUCCCCGCAGAAGUCCUGGAGCCCAAAGCCCAGGAGCCCCUCAGGAAACAGAGCCGCCUGGACCCCAGCUCGGCCGUCCUCAUCAGGAAGUCCAAGCGCGAGAAGGUGGAGACUAUGCUGCGGAACGACUCUUUGAGUUCUGAUCAGUCGGAGUCCGUGCGGCCUUCCCCGCCAAAGCCACACCGGUCCAAGAGAGGCGGCAAGAAGCGGCAGAUGUCCGUGAGCAGCUCCGAGGAGGAGGGCGUAUCCACGCCGGAGUACACCAGCUGCGAGGACGUGGAGCUGGAGAGCGAGAGCGUCAGCGAGAAAGGUGACUUGGAUUAUUACUGGUUGGAUCCUGCCACGUGGCAUAGCCGGGAAACAUCACCUAUUAGUUCGCAUCCUGUAACGUGGCAACCAUCUAAAGAGGGGGACCGAUUAAUUGGACGUGUUAUUCUGAACAAGAGAACAACCAUGCCCAAAGAAUCAGGUGCAUUACUGGGUCUGAAAGUUGUUGGAGGAAAAAUGACUGACUUAGGACGCCUUGGUGCCUUCAUCACCAAAGUAAAGAAGGGUAGCCUUGCAGAUGUAGUUGGACACUUACGAGCAGGGGAUGAAGUUCUAGAAUGGAAUGGUAAACCCCUGCCGGGAGCUACAAAUGAAGAAGUUUACAACAUUAUUUUAGAAUCAAAAUCAGAACCUCAAGUUGAAAUUAUUGUUUCAAGGCCUAUUGGUGAUAUUCCACGGAUCCCUGAGAGCUCCCAUCCUCCACUGGAGUCCAGUUCAAGUUCCUUUGAAUCUCAGAAGAUGGAAAGACCUUCCAUUUCUGUUAUUUCUCCAACAAGUCCUGGAGCUCUAAAAGAUGCCCCACAAGUCUUGCCAGGACAACUUUCUGUAAAGCUGUGGUAUGAUAAAGUGGGACACCAGCUGAUUGUAAAUGUUCUGCAAGCAACAGAUUUACCUACAAGAGUAGAUGGUCGUCCCAGGAAUCCCUAUGUGAAAAUGUAUUUUCUUCCAGAUAGAAGUGAUAAAAGCAAAAGGAGGACUAAAACAGUAAAGAAAGUACUAGAACCAAAAUGGAAUCAAACAUUUGUCUAUUCACAUGUACAUCGUAGAGAUUUUAGAGAACGGAUGUUAGAAAUAACUGUGUGGGAUCAACCAAGAGUACAAGAAGAAGAGAGUGAAUUUCUUGGAGAGAUCCUCAUAGAAUUGGAGACAGCACUUUUAGAUGAUGAGCCACAUUGGUAUAAACUUCAGACGCAUGAUGAAUCUUCACUACCUCUGCCUCAGCCAUCACCUUUCAUGCCAAGGCGACACAUUCAUGGAGAAAGCUCUAGCAAAAAACUACAAAUAGGUUAUAGGUCUAGUGCUAGAGAAAGUAAAUCUACAACAUUAACUGUGCCAGAACAGCAAAGAACAACUCAUCACCGCUCACGUUCAGUAUCUCCUCACCGCGGCGAUGAUCAGGGAAGGCCGCGUUCACGUUUACCAAAUGUGCCAUUACAGAGGAGUUUAGAUGAAAUUCAUCCAACAAGAAGGUCACGUUCUCCAACUAGACACCAUGAUGCCUCCCGAAGUCCAGUUGAUCACAGAUCCAGAGAUGUGGAUAGUCAGUAUUUAUCAGAACAAGACAGUGAGCUUCUUAUGCUGCCCAGAGCAAAACGAGGACGAAGUGCAGAAUGCCUCCAUACUACCAGAUAUUUUGUUAGGCACUAUAAAACAUUACCGCCUAAGAUGCCUUUAUUAGAGAACGGUUCUCACUGGAAUAUUUACAGUGAACUGCAGCCCUCCCUUGACAGGGCUAGGAGUGCUAGUACCAACUGCUUGAGACCAGAUACUAGUUUGCAUUCACCAGAACGAGAAAGGGGUAAAUGGUCCCCCUCCCUAGAUAGGAGACGACCUCCUAGCCCCAGGAUUCAAAUCCAGCAUGCAUCUCCGGAGAAUGACAGGCACUCCAGAAAGUCUGAAAGAUCUAGCAUCCAAAAACAGACUAGGAAAGGCACUGCCUCUGAUGCAGAAAGGGUUCUCCCACCAUGCCUUUCUAGAAGGGGAUACGCAGCCCUAAGAGCGACUGAUCAGCCAGUCCUUAGGGGAAAACAUCCCGCUCGCUCAAGGUCGAGUGAGCACUCUAGUGUCAGAACACUGUGUUCUACCCACCACCUUGCCCCUGGAGGGUCGGCGCCACCUUCUCCGCUUCUGACAAGAAUGCACAGACAAGCAAGUCCGACCCAUCCUCCUCCUGCAGACACAUCCUUCAGCAAUCGGAGGGGCCGGCAGCUACCACAGGUGCCAGUGAGAAGCGGCAGUAUAGAACAAGAACAAGAAAAAUAUAACUCUUCCACAAAAGCAAGCUUAGUAGUGGAGGAGCGAACAAGACAGAUGAAAAUGAAAGUGCAUCGAUUUAAGCAGACAACAGGGUCUGGUUCUAGUCAAGAACUUGAUCGCGAGCAAUAUUCCAAGUAUAACAUACAUAAAGAUCAGUACAGAAGCUGUGAUAACGUCUCUGCCAAAUCAUCAGAUAGUGAUGUCAGUGAUGUGUCCGCCAUUUCCCGAACCAGCAGUGCCUCACGCCUCAGCAGCACAAGCUUUAUGUCAGAGCAAUCUGAGCACCCCAGGGGUAGGAUCAGUUCAUUUACCCCUAAAAUGCAAGGCAGACGGAUGGGGACUUCAGGAAGAGCCAUCAUGAAGAGCACCAGUGUGAGUGGGGAGAUGUACACACUGGAGCAUAAUGACGGCAGUCAGUCCGACACAGCUGUGGGUACAGUUGGAGGAGGUGGAAAGAAAAGGAGAUCCAGCCUGAGUGCCAAAGUGGUUGCCAUAGUGUCUAGAAGGAGUAGAAGCACAUCCCAGCUAAGCCAAACAGAGUCAGGCCACAAGAAGUUAAAAAGCACCAUACAGAGAAGCACAGAAACAGGAAUGGCAGCCGAAAUGAGGAAGAUGGUAAGGCAACCAAGUCGAGAGUCUACUGACGGCAGCAUCAACAGUUAUAGCUCCGAGGGAAACUUAAUAUUUCCUGGAGUACGACUAGGAGCAGACAGUCAAUUCAGUGAUUUUCUUGAUGGACUGGGACCAGCUCAGCUUGUUGGCCGCCAAACCCUUGCCACCCCUGCAAUGGGUGACAUACAAAUUGGAAUGGAGGAUAAAAAGGGCCAAUUAGAAGUUGAAGUUAUUAGAGCACGAAGCCUCACACAAAAACCUGGUUCCAAGUCUACACCUGCUCCUUAUGUCAAAGUGUAUCUUUUGGAAAACGGGGCCUGUAUAGCCAAGAAGAAGACAAGAAUUGCGCGAAAAACCCUUGAUCCUUUGUAUCAACAGUCCCUGGUUUUUGACGAAAGUCCACAGGGUAAAGUUCUUCAGGUCAUUGUCUGGGGGGACUAUGGCAGAAUGGACCAUAAAUGCUUUAUGGGUGUGGCUCAAAUCCUGUUGGAAGAACUCGAUCUAUCCAGUAUGGUAAUCGGAUGGUACAAGUUGUUCCCACCAUCAUCCCUGGUGGACCCCACACUCACUCCCCUAACCCGCCGGGCUUCCCAGUCAUCUCUGGAAAGUUCAACUGGGCCUCCCUGCAUCCGCUCAUAGUGAACUCCUACCAGAGUCAUUCCAGUGAAACUCUACCUUUCAGGAUAAUAAUCUGAACCAGAUAUUUCAUGAUCAAAAAAGCAUUGUUGGAGACAGACAAUCAA